AUGCCACAGCAAUUCAUUCUAGAACUUCAGCUAUUUGAUAUAUGGGGAAUUGACUUCAUGGGUCCCUUCCCUACCUCAUACUCAAACAAGUACAUUUUAGUGGCAGUGGGCUAUGUAUCUAAGUGGGUGGAGGCUAUUGCAACCCCAACAAAUGAUAAUAGGAUAGUCAUGAACUUUCUUAGGCGGAACAUCUUCAGCCGCUUCGGAGUUUCCAGAGUCCUCAUUAGUGAUGGAAGAAGUCAUUUCUACAACAGAUCAUUGGAAGCCCUCCUUAUGAAAUAUGGAGUGAAACAUAAGGUUGUAACACCUUAUCACCCUCAAAUAAGUGGGCAGACUGAGGUAUACGCUCUUUGGGCAUAUAGAACAGCCUUCAAAACACCUAUUGGGAUGAUCCCAUAUCAGCUAGUGUAUGGGAAGGCAUGUCACCUACCCUUUGAUCUUGAACACAAAGCCUUUUGGGUACUCAAGCUACUGAAUUUUGAUAGUAAUGCUGCUGGGGAGAAAAGAAUCUUGCAAUUGCAAGAAUUAGAAGAACUCAGAUCUCAAGCAUAUGAAAAUGCCAAAAUCUACAAGGAGAAAACUAAGAGGUGGCAUGAUCAAAAGAUAGCAAGAAGAGAUUUUGUAGAGGGUCAAAAGGAGCUACUAUACAACUCAAGACUCAAGUUCUUCCCAGGGAAGCUUAAGUCAAGGUGGUCUGGACCAUUCAAAAUCCUCAAGGUGUCUCCCUAUGGGCAUGUAGAGCUUAUGGAGGACAAGACACAAAGGACUUUUACUGUCAAUGGCUACAGGCUAAAGCACUACUUUGGGGACUCUUUGGAAGAGCAGAGAGUGAGCUACAACCUCAACUAA